CCAGCCACUCACUCUAUCCCCCUCCUCUCCCCCGCGAUGGCGUUGGCCGAUGUCCCUCUCAGUCUCUCCCCCUCCUCUCCCCACCGCGCCGCCCACCACGUGCGUCUCCCAACUACGCCGCCGCCGCCGCUGCCGCCGCCCUCCUGCGCUGUUGCGAAGGAGGCAACCACCGCCGCCCACCUGCGCAGCUCAACAACCGCCGACCCACCUCGCCCACCGCGGCCCACAGCUGGACCACCUCCUCCCCGAGGAGACCAGGAACUCCGCCUCGCCGAGAGCUACGCCAUCCUCGAGCCGCGCUUGCUGGGGAGCCGUGGAUCGACGGAAUCGCUCCCAUCUCCUCCCACUCGCGCCUCUCCUAUCUUCCCCGAUCCGUUCAAAAGAAUUAGGGUGCCCCGCCGGUGUAGUGGUGCGCCGCUCGCCGCCGCUGGAGGUCCGCUGCUCGCCACCUCCCCCCUCUCGAUUGCUUGCUAUGCAGCCUGGGCGUCGUGGUCCACCGCUCGCCGCCGCUGGACGGCUGGAGGUCGUCGGCACCCAAGUACCGCCCAUGCUCUGGCGCUUGCACACCGCCGGCCCUGCCCCAUCCCACCCUCCGCCACCAUCUUCCCCACCCCGAGCUCGGAUUUACGACGCCCACUGCCUUCCAGUUCGAGCUCCGCCUCGACCUCAUCCCUGCUGCCGCCGUCUUCCCUGAACCAAGGAAGCCCUCAUCUGAUACGCUCUCGUCCGCGACGUGCUUCUCCAACCAUUGGUACGCGACGGUGGUUCGGUCCGGGAGGUGGCUCCUGCAAUCCUGGCGUCGCCGCAGCAGUGGUUCCAUUCCGGCGGCAUCAGGGGAGCACACAACGUCCACGAGCAGCAAGCAGAGCCGGCCAAUCGGCCAAUGAUGCAGCAGCGCUGGCCAUGAGGAGACGCCUGCCGUGGCGGACGCGGAGACAACAACCAUGGGCGUGGAAGACGGUUUUGGAUCCUGUGAGCCGCCGCCGCUGCCUCGUCGUCAAGCAACGUGGGCCUUCUGCUGCUCCAUGUCCAACAAGUCGCCCACGAGGCGUCAGUGUGGCAUUGCUAGAUCCAGCUUCCCCCUGCAAUCGUCUCUGCCGCCAGCACUUGCACGAAAUCGUGCUGGUGAGGCUCUUCAUGUUUACUUUGUUCUGCUUGUAACAUGGCCUAUACGCACAAAUAUUUUGCAUCAUCUGAACAAAUGAUGGUUUCUGUAGUUCAAGAUCAAAGGCAAGAAUCAGCCAAAUAUGAUGAUGAGAACAAGGCUAAUGAUGGAGAACCUUCAUCUAUCGAAGCUGAGCAGUCUAUUGGGAUACUAAGUUUCAAUGCGCAUCCUAAGUUUCAGUUACCUGAAAUCAAGGCCAGUUUCAGUCGAUGCCGAAGUAAACUACCACAUGUAAGUUUAGGGACACACAUUAGUUUCCUGCUAGGGAUUUAAUGGUUGCCGAACUUUAUGCACAUAUGGCGUAGUAGAGAUGCAUGCUUCGUUAUCCUGCAGUUAUCUGAAUUUUUUCUGACCUGCACUCUUCUUGCCUUUAGUUCUGUUCUUAACAGAAUUAUUACUUACUGACAGACGAAUACUUGUUUUCCUUCAUCAUCUGCAUUUCAAAUGACUCAUUAUGCAUCAGGCUAGCUAGGCAAUAUGAAAUUUUACUUCUUGGCUAUAGUCACCGAGCACUGCAAUUUGAAAUUACAGCCACGAAUUUUGGAUUAGUCGAAAGGGCAUUCUUAAUCUGAUACAGUCAACCGAGCACUGCAAUUUUCAAAACAAGAAGCGGCUGCUACCAUAUUAUUUAUGUUUACAAUCAACAAACUACAUCCUGACAUUCCUUCUUAUUUUUGUUUGCAUUCAAACGUGAUGAACUUGAGAAAAUCCAUGCACUUCAAUUGGACAGGAGUUUUCUGCCACGUAAUCGAUGAUGCACUUCACAUGACAGAAUUGUUUGUUAAAGGAACUUUUGGCAAGAAAUACACAACCGUGUCAUUCAGUGUUGGACCUCUGUUAUUGGCAAGAAAUACACUAAUGUGUAGCUCACUGCUGAGGUCAGCAAGAGGGGGUACAGGCACAUCUGACACCUUUUUCUCUUCCGGCGCCUUGCUAUUUGCAUUUCCCAUUCGUACCUAUCAUUUUUCAACAGCAUUAGUAUUGAUGUGGUAUGUAUACUGAACAAUUGGCUUGCCAUGUAUUUUUGGUGUUCCAACUUGGAACAUGGGGAAGAAAUGACUACAUUGUAUACAUCUGAUAAACAUUUAUUGUCUUGGGAUGUAUUUUUGGUGUUCGAACUGGGAACAUGGGGCACAUUUAUUCGUAUGGAUCCAUCUGGUGGCUCCAUCGUAUAUGGCUCUGUUGCAUAUGGCUCCAUCUGGUGACAA